AGAGCCGGCGCGCGAGGCCUGGCCGACGGGUGAAGGGGACUCGUGCGCCAGAUGCAGCCAUGCCUGGGGACAACCGCCGCAUCCGCGGGCCCGAGGAGUCGCAGCCGCCGCAGUUGUACGCGACCGACGAGGACGAGGUGCCGGCCGCUCGCGACCCGACGCGGCUCCGGCCUGUGUACGCGCGCGCCGGGCUGUUGAGCCAGGCCAAGGGCUCGGCCUACCUGGAGGCGGGAGGCACCAAGGUGCUGUGCGCAGUGUCCGGCCCACGCCAGGUAGAGGGCGGUGAGCGCGGUGGCGGCCCGGCCGGAGCGGGCGGCGAGACCCCGGCCGCGCUGCGGGGCCGCCUGCUCUGCGACUUCCGCCGCGCGCCCUUCUCGGGCCGCCGGCGCCGCGCUCCCCCGGGUGGCAGCGAGGAGCGUGAGCUGGCGCUGGCGCUGCAGGAGGCGCUCGAGCCGGCCGUGCGCCUGGGCCGCUACCCGCGCGCGCAGCUCGAGGUGUCGGCGCUGCUGCUCGAGGACGGCGGCUCGGCACUGGCCGCCGCGCUCACGGCUGCCGCGAUCGCCCUGGCCGACGCGGGCAUCGAGAUGUACGACCUGGUGGUGGGCUGCGGCUUAAGCCGCGCGCCGGGGCCCGAGCCCACCUGGCUGCUGGACCCCACGCUGCUAGAGGAGGAACGCGCCGCCGCCGGCCUCACCGUGGCGCUUAUGCCGGUGCUCAACCAGGUGGCCGGGCUGCUGGGCAGCGGGGAGGGCGGCCCGACCGAGAGCUGGGCGGAGGCCGUGCGCCUGGGUCUCGAGGGCUGCCAGCGCCUCUACCCCGUUUUGCAGCAGUGUUUAGUACGGGCCGCCCGCCGGAGGGGCGCCGCCACGCCGCCCUGAAGCAGAACCCUGAGCAAGGACGGACGCCGAGGACAGCUACCGCUCUCCCCGAAAGGACCCGCGCCGUCGGCUUGCAGACUGCGUACGCCAAGCUGAGAACUCGGAGCACGGGAGAGUAUCUGGGGAGGCGUGCUCAGAACUGAUGCACUGGACAGCUGUGUUGGGAUGAUAUUUUUAAAAACUGUGCCGUUAAAGGAACUUUUCUAAUUGAGUUGGCUCCCAGCCACGACUCAGGUGAAGAAACCUGCGAAUGCAGCUUGACCCCCCCAAGUUGGAAAGGACUUCAGCUGGACUUACCUGGAAAGUGGAACCUGGAGCUAGUGUCUCGUAAGGGAUGGACCCUAUGCAGGCCAGCCAGUGACCCCCUCCUAUAUUAUUGGGCUGCUUUUGAGAGAAUGGACAAGGGGCCUGUGCUUUCCCACUUAAUAUCUGAGCUAAAACAAAAACUCUUAUAUCUGAAAAAUUCUGUUGUUCUUGAUACAGGAUUUAAGAGAGCAAGGCUCUUCCGAGCUGGGUAGUGUGUUCUCGGACUCCUGGUGUCAAAGGCUUGGGACAGCAUUAUAUGUGUCCUGGUGUCCCUCAUCUAGUCUUGGCUCCUGGGAGAGGGCACUUGAAUUGCCAGGAGUGAGAGUUUCUGGAUGUUGGAGAUGGAGUCUGGCCAUUUUGUAGGGCAGAGCUGGCCUGACCACAAGGGUAAGAUGUUCUCUUUGUGGCUCCUGAGCCCUGCAGGUUUGUGCUCAGGUCUGGUUUGGAGAAAAGCGGGGCAGCUUGGUGCCCUUUCUGCCCUGGCUUGGUGUGAGCUUCUGAGCUUGUGUGUCUCGGGCCUGCUCAGCUUCUCUAGGAAGGGUUGGCCUGGGACAGCCAAAGGGCCAGAAUAAGGCUUGGAGACCACACCGAGAACCCCUGAUCAAGAGGAAAAAAAUAUAAAUUUUAUUUCCCCCCAGUGACAUAAUACAUAUUUCCAAAGCAGAUCUGAAAUACAUGGUAUCACAUCAGCAAGAAACAAGAUAGAAACGACACAAAAAGGAUACCCCUAUUGACACCCAGACAGGACUGGGGGCUUUGAGAGGGAGAAGAGCCGCUGGAACAGUACCUGCAGUCAGAGAAGGCUGAUGGUGCUCCCAGGUGGGCCCCGUCCAGCUGCCCCUUCGACGAGUGGGCCUCAGCUUUCUAAGAAUGCUUUGACAUCUCAGUGCUACUGUAGAUUCUUCCUGAGACUUGGGAACGGACCCAGGACCACCAGACAGAAGAAGGCAUUUUCUGCACCUACCCCAGUCUUUUCCUAGAUGUGAUACAGUCUUGGGCAGCAGUUGACAUUGCAUGGUGUCAGAAGUGGGAUCCAGCGAUGCCCUCUAAUGACCUGGAGGCUGGUGAGCAAGCAGGUGUUGGUACCCAUGGAGUUCAUUGAGCUCACUGCUUUCUUGUCAACCCUGGAGUUUGAAGCUAAGUUUUUUCCUGAAUCCAAGCUCUACUCUCUUUGCAUUUUGAACUCUCUAGCUUUACUGGAAUCUGUUUUCAUGAAGCUUUCUGGUAAGUCGCCCUUCCUGUUCAAAGUGGGGAAAAUGUGUGAUUCCUAGUAUUUUUUUGUUUGUUUGUUUUUUAAGAAAUCUAUUUUAUUUAUUUAUUUA